UUCUUGGAUAACCUAGCUAGCAUAUAGAUAGCCUAGCACAGAAUUUUUCUUCCUUCCCCCCUCUGUAUAUCAUAUGUACUUGCUGUCUUUGCAUAUAUAGCCUUCUGUCUCUACUCCUUGCUAUUGCUAGUAGUACCAAAUUAAAAGAGACCCUUUUUUUUUUUACAACACACACCAAAAGAGACCUGGAUGCCCUUCAAGCCCAUCCACUCAUGUCAAGUAGUACUACUACCCAUCGAUCUCACCGGUAGCACGUCGCAAUGCUUAUUUCCCAUUCGUUUCCAUUUCUGUAACACAGCCGUCGAAUUUUAGUAUACCUAGCUAGCUUGGCACUGGCAGUGGUACAACUUGUAACAGUCCCACCCCGACGGCAGCCUCUUGCCAAAAUUCCUUCCGAUUGCAUGGAGAAGGCGCCCUGGUCGCUGCCCUCUCAACCGGCUGCGGCGGUGGACCUGGCGCUAGGCCUGGCGCCGACGGGACACCGCCACGAGGAGGAGCAGGACCAGGUCCAGGUGACGGCUUGCGUCGCCGUCGCCGGGAAGCAGGAGGCGCGGCUGUUCCCGUGCCUCUUCUGCGACAAGAAGUUCCUCAAGUCGCAGGCGCUCGGCGGGCACCAGAACGCGCACAAGAAGGAGCGCGCCGCCGGCUGGAGCUGGAACCCCUACGUCUACGGCGACCACUACGCUGCAUCGGCGUCCCCGGGGCCGGGCAGCAGCCUCGGUGCCGCUCCCGUGUCCGUGCCGCUCGCCUCGCAUGGCGGCGGAACCGCCGCUGCUGAGCCUCCUGCCACUGCCAGCGCCAAGCUCAAGCUCGAGAGGCCUGGCGGUGGCGCGGCGCUCUUCACGGACCACGCCUUGCUCCCGGCGUCACCGGCAGCCGACCGCCCCUUCACCAGGUUGCCCGACGGCACCGUGGACAUGCUCAACUGGAGAAGGAGCUCCCGCGCCUCUGCCCCACCGAAGGGCGCGGGCACCAACGCCGCAUCGUCCGGCGCCGGCGAGGAGCUGGACCUGGACCUCGACCUCGAGCUGCGGCUCUAGCUAGGACCGUGACGACCCAAUCUCUGCUCGGGGAGAAAGCUUAAUUAAUAAGACGAAUCUGGGUCAUCAUCAUCAUCAUCACUGUCUGCUCUCUCUCUUCUUGCCUUCACAUAUCUACUUACUCCCUCCGUCCA